ACACCAGAUAGGUGCAGUGAAAUGUGUUGUUUUACAGGGUCAGCAAUCGUAGUAUGGUCGCCCUGGAGCAAAUUAGUGUUAAGUGCCUUGCUCAAGGGCACAUCGACAGAUUUUUCACCUUGUCGGCUCAGGUAUUCAAACCAGCGACCUUCCAGUUACUGGCCCAACGCUCUAACCACUAGGCUACCAGCCACCCUGAAUGGAGAAUGGAGGUGUGAUCUGAUUUGCCGACGGGAGGGCGGGGGAGGGCCUUGUAGCCAUCCUGGGAAGGUAGAGUAGCAAUGAUCCAGAUUCUUCAUUACGCGUGUUGAUAGAAUUUAGGUAGAGAUUUCCUUUAUUAAAGUCCCCAGCUACUAUAAAAGUGGCCUCAGGAUAUGUGUUUUCCAGUUUGCACAAAGUCCAGUGUAGUUCCUUGAGAGCCGUCAUGGUGUCGGCUUGGUGGGGAAUAUACAUGGCUGUGACGAUGACUGAAGAACAUUUUCUCGGGAGGUAAUGCAGUCGGCAUUUGAUGGUGAGGUAUUCCAGAUCUGGAGAACAAAAGGUAUUGUGUUCCUGUACAUUACCACAAUCACACCAUCAUGAAACAUACCCCUCCACCUUUCUUUUUCCGGAGAGUUCUUUCUUCCUGUCCUCGUGAUGGACUGAGAACCCCGCUGGCUGAAUGGAAUGGCCGAACGAAUCAGAGGAGCCAGAGAUCCAGUUCCUUAUGGCUGUGUAUGAUGAGAACCUCCUGAAGAACCCUUUUUACCUGGCGCUGGAGAAGCAGAGACCCGACCUGUGCAGCAGAGUGGCAGAGCUACAUGGAAUUGUUUUGGUGCCGUGCCAUGGAAGCCUAACCCUUAGUGCAUACACAGAAGCCCAGUUUGAAACCUAUGUUUUACACCCAUCUGGAGAAGGGUAUCAGACUGUAGAUGGAAAGGAGCUGGCCAUCCAGGACAGCCUGGUGAGACUGGGCUUAGGGUUCCAGGCCCCAGCCAAUGUGCCCAUCCUGUUUGAGGAGACCUUCUACAAUGAGAAGGAGCAGAGCUACAGUAUCCUCUGUAUCGCCAGGCCCAUCGACACCGAUCAAAGCCCAGUGGAGGUGACCCCAAUCCCGGCCCUGUACUGUCUGAAGAAUGUGGAGGAUGUCAGGGAGUUCCUGGGCCGCCAUGUUGAGAAACUGGACAAGUUCAUCAGCAGCUUCUGCAACUCAUUUAAGGAGCAGGAAAAGAAGGGACUGCGACACCACAUCGACUCAGUGAAUGCCCUUUAUACUAAAUGUCUUCAGUGCCUGUUGAGAGACUCACACCUGAAAGUGCUGGCCAAACAGGAGCUCCAGAUGACGCUCCUCAAACAGGCGGUUGAGAUGUAUAUACAUCAUGGUAUCCAUGAUUUAAUCUUUAAUUUUGUGGGGACUCUUGAAGCCAGCCAGGAUUCUGCCUUCAACAAAACCACCAGAGGUCUGCAGGACCUGCAGCAGAAAGACUUGGGGGUCAAAUCUGAAUUUAGUAUAAAUAUCCCCCGGGCCAAGAGAGAGCUGAGCCAAUUGAACCGCUGCACCUCUCCUCUACACAAACUGCUCUGCCUCAGGAAGGUGUCUCUCACCAUCAUGCAGUCCCCCAGCCACUCGGUGAGCAUAGAGGCUGUGUGUGCAGAUGACCUUCUGUCUGUAAUUCUGUACUUACUGGUGAAGACGGAAAUCCCCAAUUGGAUGGCCAACCUGAGCUACAUCAAGAACUUCCAUUUCUGUAAUUCCACCAAGGACGAGCUGAGCUACUGCCUGACGUCGUUCGAGGCCGCCGUGGAGUUCAUCAGCCAGGGAAACCUGGGCCUGGGCCAGGGACGCAUGGGCUCAGGGGACCUGAACGACAAGGUGCAUUUCACUCAGAAGAUAAACCUGCUCUCCCAGAACUCUGCUACCCCCAUAGACUGUCUGUUUGAGCACAUAGCCAAUGGUAACGAGGUAGAGGUCCAGCGUGUGUUGAGUGAGAACCAGAGUGACGAGGACGGGGUUAAUAUGUGCCACCCCCUCUGCUCCUGUGACCACUGUGAGCUCCGUCUCUCUGGGAGACUGAAUGAUCCCUCCAUCAUAACGCCCUUCUCUCGAGACGACAGGGGAUAUACACCACUUCACGUCGCUGCUAUCUGUGGUCAGUCCCUGUUGAUCGACCUGCUGGUGUCUAAGGGAGCUCUGGUGAAUGCCACAGACUACCAUGCCCUCUCACCCCUACACCUCUCCUGCCAGAAGGGCUACCAGGGAGUCACGCUGCUGCUCUUGCACUAUAAGGCUUACUCCGGUGCCCAGGACAACAAUGGCAACACUCCUCUGCACCUGGCCUGUAUGUACGGACACGAGGAUUGUGUUAAAGCCCUGGUGUACUAUGACCUGCACACGUGCCGUCUGAACAUCCAGAAUGACAAGGGCGACACCCCCAUGCACAUCGCGGCCCGGUGGGGCUACGAGGGCAUCAUUGAGGUGCUGCUGGAGAACGGAGCCAGCACCACCAUCUACAACAAGGUCAAAGACUCACCACUGCAAUGUGCCCUCAACUCUAAGAUUCUGACGCUAUUGGAGUUACCGCACAACGGCUCUCAUAGAAGAGAGAACAAUGAUUCCCCAAACCGCUCCGCCCAGGCCUCUGACUGCAGCAGCCGCUGCUCCUCUGUCUCCAGCACCACCUCCCAGAGCUCCGAGGCCAGGACCGACUGCGACAGGGUCCGACACAAAGAGGUGGAGAAGUUGCUGCGUGCGGUGGCGGACGGAGACGUAGAGAUGGUGCGGUACCUGUUGGAGUGGUUGGACGAGGAACCAGAGGAGGAGCAUGCAGGGCUGCCAUCCUGGACAGAACUGUGCCACCCACUGUGCCAGUGUCCACACUGUGGACCAACACAGAAGAAGUUGGUGUGCCUGCAGGCCAGUGGUCUAGGUGUGAACAGCAGUAGUGUGGAUGGCUUCACUCCCCUCCAUGUCGCAGCGCUCCAUGGUCACACGGCCCUGGUGUCCCUGUUCAGCCGCCACGGGGCCAACGUCGACGCACGCAACAGCCAGAGCGCCACGCCACUGCACCUGGCCAGCCAGAACAACCACAUACAGGUAGUGACAUCACUGCUGGAGUGCAACGCCAAGCUGAAUAAGAAGGAUCACUAUGGCAACACCCCUCUGAUCCACGCCUGCCUCAAAGGUCACCAGGACACAGCCACCAUUCUGCUGCAGAGCAACGCGUCAGUGAACCUGUCCAACAACCAGGGUAACACGGCCCUGCAUGAGGCUGUGAGAGGAGGUCACCUGGCCCUGGUGGAGCUGCUACUGCAGGCUGGAGCCCUGGUCCACAUGAGGAACAAGAGACAGAGGACAGCACUGGACUGUGGCACGGAGACUGGGGGCAAGAACACUGAGAUCCUGAGGACUCUUCAGAAGGCGUCUGGACUCUCCCCUGAUGCUGAACCAAUCAAACUGCUCUCUGUGCCCAAGGGGGCUCUGGCCCAUUCAUUUGUCCAGAGGUUAAAGCCCCAUCAGGAUAAUGCCAAUGGAAGACGUCAGAAGCUUGCCCAGUCAAUCAACAGAGUUCAACGGAUGAAGAAAGGUCUUCCCAGGGACACCAGUGUGCCUUCCAUCAACUCACCCACUCCCGAGAGGAGGAAACUGAGGCGGGGGGUGACCUUGGAGAGCAGUGGGCCUUUUAGCAUCCGCUCCAGCCCAGAGGGAAGCCCCCAGCCUGAGGACCACAGGGACAGGGAGAGGGUCCUGAGCCACUGUCACACCGUGGACACAGAGCACCCCCCAUUCCGGAGACACACAGGAGAGGCUGAGGUAAAGGUGGACACACAUGUAGCGGAAGACCCUUCACACACAGACACUCCUGGUGAGCCUGAGCAUACAUACACACCUGACAUACACACUCCUGACGUGUCAAAUACACACAUAGCCGACGGCCCCUCAAAUACACAACAAACAACCAGCAGCGACCCGUCACACACACCUAGCCAAGUCAAUGGGGACGAAGACAAAGACGGAGAAGGACAUGAAAAAGAUGUCCACACCUCACCAGAUACAGACGUACAGUCGCAAAGAAUCUGUCCAGAGGCUGAGAGCCCACCCACAGACAUGGAGGAGCUGGUAGAAGACCUGGUAGAAGAAAUGGAGCUCCUCUGAGGAGCAGAGGCUGAGGCGGACCCCAGUCAGGGGAGAACUUGAACUAUUCUAGUUACAGAAAGAACUUCUGUACUGACUGUUAUUGAAAGCACUUUUUCACCUUGCCUUCAGGAAAAAGGGAUACAAAACAUUUUAAUUCAACUUAAUGCGAAUUUCAUUCUGUUUUAGUACAUUUUUAUUUGGUUGCUCACUCUUAUAAAAGAGAGUAGGUGGAACAUUCUAACAGUGGAUUGAGUGACAUUAUAGCAUAUCAGUAUGGAGAACGUUGGUUUACUUGAAAAGAUGAUAAUCUGAAAAUGUAUGCUCCUAUUACAUCUGACGGUUUUUAUUUGAACAUGUAGAAUCAGGGCUCUGUUUUUAUUUGUAACAAUUUAGUUUAAUUUUAUUACAGUUCUCAGGUUUGGAUAUCAUUUUUAAUUGACUGAGUUACAUUUAUUCCCUUUAGAAAACCAUCAAUUGUCAUUUUUCUAUUCAUCUAUAACACAUUACCUCCCUGGUGUGACAUCUGAAUUACUAUGCACAGUAAGGCCACACUUGUAUCCCAGUGAAUGUCAAACACUUAGAAUCGUUUUCUUGGUUGCUCUGUAGGUAGAGAGAGAACCAUAACAAUGUAUACACAAAUCUAUAUACAGUGAGUAGCUCAGUUCAGUGACUCCACAAAUUGUACUGUAGUUAAGAUACUGCAUUUGAGAAUAUAGUAACACAACUGCCAUAGUUAAUUUGACUCAUCUUUACUAUAUUCUGAUGUCACACAUGCCAUUGAAAUGGGUACAUAUGUAUCCUGUAGAAAACAGUAUAAUUUAAAAAAAAAAGUGUUUAUUUAGCAUUCAACUGAAAAUUCAGUUUCACCUCUAUGGCAGUUGAUCCUGCCAAGCAAGGCCAUAUAGGACCCAACCGAUGCUAUGGGGAGUUUGCACUUUACUCCUACCAUUUUAUUUUCUGUCAUCAACACUCUGAAAUGUCUGUAGCUCAUUUUGAACUGCCAUUAUUUUUAAUGAUAAUUAUCCAGCACAUACAGUACAUUGAACACAUAAAAACCACUAUCAUCAAUCAGCUUACGGAUGUAUUUUUAUUUCAAGGUGACCGUUUUGGUAUAUGCAGUAGUAGUUAUCCAAUCCAAUUUCAAUGUUAAUUAUUUUUGUACUAAAGUAUUUUAUUUUGAAUGUUGAGGCAGUGAACAUGCCUUAUUUAAUUUGUCAAAAUAACCUGUAAUAAAUAAACCCAUGAUCUAGAGUUA